AUGUUGCUUAAAGUUGUAAUUUACGGUUUGAUUUGUUGUUGCUUUUUAACUUUUUUGAAAGCAAAUCCAAGAGAUUGGCCCAAUCCAACGGUUUUUAACAUCGGAGGAGUUCUUAGCAGCAAUGAGAGUGAAAAAUAUUUUCAGGAAACUAUUGCGCAUUUAAACUUUGAUUCGCAGUAUGUUCCAAAAGGCGUAACCUACUACCACACAGCUAUAUUAAUGGAUCCAAACCCUAUCCGCACUGCCCUGAAUGUGUGCAAAUACUUGAUAUCUAGAAAGGUAUAUGCCGUCGUUGUUUCUCAUCCGUUAAUAGGCGAUCUAUCCCCAGCUGCAGUGUCAUAUACAAGUGGAUUCUACCAUAUACCGGUUAUCGGCAUAUCGUCUAGAGAUUCAGCAUUUUCUGAUAAGAAUAUACAUGUGUCAUUUUUAAGAACCGUUCCUCCAUACUCCCAUCAAGCUGAUGUAUGGGUAGAAAUGUUAAAGCAUUUCAAAUACAAAAAGGUAAUAUUUAUUCAUAGUUCUGAUACAGAUGGAAGAGCUUUGUUAGGACGCUUCCAGACUACUUCCCAAAGUUUAGAAGAUGAUGUGGAUAUUAAAGUCCAGGUGGAGUCCGUAAUUGAAUUUGAAUCAGGAUUGGAUAGUUUUCGAGAUCAAUUAUUGGAGUUAAAAAACGCUCAAUCCAGAGUAUAUUUAAUGUAUGCCAGCAAAAAUGACGCGAAAGUUAUAUUCAGAGAUGCCUCAGCAUUCAACAUGACAGAUGCGGGAUUUGCUUGGAUUGUAACCGAACAAGCUUUAGAAGCUGAUAAUAUUCCUGAAGGAAUAUUAGGGUUAAAACUUGUCAACGCCACCAACGAGAAAGCUCAUAUCAGAGACAGCAUAUACGUUUUAGCUUCAGCUUUGAGAGAUAUGAAUCAAACGAAAGAAAUCACCGAAGCCCCUGAAGAUUGCGACAAUUCGGGAUCUAUUUGGGAUACAGGGCGAGAUCUAUUUAAUUUCAUUCGGAAACAAGUACUAAUCAAUGGUGAAACGGGCAAAGUUGCUUUUGAUGAUCAAGGUGAUCGAAUUAACGCUGAAUAUAAUAUUGUGAAUAUACAGAGAAAGAAGAAGAAAGUGGUUGUUGGAAAAUAUUUUUUCAAUAAGGAAUUAAAUAAAAUGAAUUUAAAAGUGGACGAGAAUAGCAUCAUAUGGCCUGGUAGACAAACAGAGAAACCGGAAGGUAUUGAAAUUCCCACUCAUCUGAAAGUGCUAACUAUAGAAGAAAAACCAUUUGUAUAUGUAAGGAAACUGACUGAACUGCAAGAAAGUUGCAACCCUGAUGAGAUCGAAUGUCCACAUUUUAAUUCAACAAUAGAAGAAAUUUCAACUGUCUACUGCUGCAGAGGCUACUGCAUAGAUCUACUCAAAGAAUUGUCCAAAAAGAUCAACUUCACAUACAGUUUAGCUUUAUCUCCAGAUGGUCAGUUUGGUAACUAUCUGAUUCGUAAUGUGUCAGGCAGUGGUAAGAAAGAGUGGACUGGCUUAAUAGGAGAACUGGUAGCAGAUCGAGCAGCCAUGAUCGUAGCACCCUUAACAAUAAAUCCGGAAAGAGCUGAGUUUAUUGAAUUCAGUAAACCGUUUAAGUAUCAAGGAAUAACAAUUUUAGAAAAGAAGCCAUCAAGAUCGUCCACACUUGUGUCUUUCUUACAACCUUUCAGUAACACUUUAUGGAUACUGGUGAUGGUUUCAGUACACGUGGUCGCUUUGGUACUUUAUCUACUGGAUAGAUUUUCUCCUUUUGGCAGAUUUAAAUUAGCAAAUACUGAUGGAACCGAAGAAGAUGCUUUAAAUCUCUCCAGUGCCAUCUGGUUCGCUUGGGGAGUACUUCUUAACAGUGGUAUAGGAGAAGGAACCCCAAGAAGCUUUUCAGCUAGAGUUUUGGGAAUGGUAUGGGCAGGAUUUGCCAUGAUUAUUGUCGCCUCAUACACAGCCAACUUGGCUGCUUUCCUUGUGUUAGAAAGACCGAAAACUAAACUUACUGGUAUUAACGAUGCUAGGUUGAGGAAUACAAUGGAGAAUCUGACUUGUGCUACAGUAAAAGGAUCAUCUGUAGAUAUGUACUUUAGAAGACAAGUUGAAUUGUCUAAUAUGUACAGGACUAUGGAAGCCAACAACUAUGAUACUGCUGAAAUUGCAAUACAGGAUGUCAAAGAGGGGAAACUUAUGGCAUUUAUAUGGGACAGUUCCCGUUUGGAAUUUGAAGCUGCACAAGAUUGUGAGUUAGUUACUGCUGGUGAACUUUUUGGUCGCUCAGGAUAUGGAAUCGGAUUACAAAAAGGCUCUCCUUGGUCAGACGAUGUAACUUUAGCUAUACUAGAUUUCCAUGAAAGUGGAUUUAUGGAAAGUCUGGAUAAUAAAUGGAUUCUUCAAGGCAAUUUUCAACAAUGCGAACAGUUUGAAAAAACUCCAAAUACGCUAGGUCUGAAAAAUAUGGCUGGAGUUUUUAUUUUAGUAGGAGCUGGCAUAGUUGGAGGCAUCGGAUUGAUUGUUAUAGAAAUGGCAUACAAAAAGCAUCAAAUUAAGAAACAAAAACGUAUGGAAUUGGCAAGACAUGCUGCUGACAAAUGGAGAGGAGCAGUUGAAAAACGAAAAACGCUUCGUGCUUCUUCUACCGCCCAGAGAAGAAUAAAAUCUAACGGAGUUAAUGAAGCUGUAACAAUUUCUCACGUAUUUGAUAAAUUCCAACGAAUAGGGCACUUGUAUGGUUCUGAACGGACGUGGCCUGGAGAUUCUGAUGUCAGACAAAGAAGAAUGGACGAUGUUGGGGGAGUUCAGCCCGUUCCACGCUAUUUACCAUCCUACACGCAAGAUGUAUCUCACUUAAUAGUUUAG